AGUGCGCGAAGGCUCGUCGUCCCGACUGAAGAGUUUGUCCCAGUGAAGUUGGAUCAACCCAAGAAGACUCUUGCCAGUUCGCCGAAUGCUAACGCUGAUUGUCUUAAAUGGCCAAGGAAAGAAUUUAUUUUUCAUUUUCAUUUGUCUGUUCUACUAGCCGAAGUCAAAGUCCUGAAGUUCCAGUGUAGACAAAACGCGCGAGCAGACUUUUCCUGAACUGGACCGUUCGGGUACCGAGUGGCAGUGAUAUGAAAGCGGAUAUUUCGACAUUCUCGUUUCAAGUUAGCCAGAAAGUCACCUGCAUCCCUGUAGCUCUGUCACCAUGGGUAACCGGGGGAUGGAGGAGCUCAUCCCCCUAGUCAACCGGUUGCAAGAUGCUUUCAGUGCCAUUGGACAAACAUGCAGUCUGGACCUCCCUCAAAUCGCUGUUGUUGGCGGACAGAGUGCAGGAAAGAGCUCAGUAUUAGAAAACUUUGUUGGGAGGGAUUUCCUGCCCAGAGGUUCAGGGAUUGUCACACGAAGGCCGUUGGUACUGCAGCUCAUCAAUGAUGAUAAAGAGUAUGCCGAGUUCCUCCAUUGCAAAGGCAGGAAAAUUGUCGACUUUGAGGAGGUUCGGAAAGAGAUUGAAACUGAGACGGAGAGACUGACAGGAGUCAAUAAGGGCAUCUCACCCAUUCCCAUCAGGCUUCGUGUUUACUCACCCAAUGUGCUGAACCUGACUCUGAUUGACCUACCGGGCAUCACCAAGGUGCCCGUGGGAGACCAGCCUCCAGAUAUCGAGUACCAGAUCCGUGACAUGAUCAUGCAAUUCAUCUGCCGGGAGAACUGCCUCAUCCUCGCUGUGACUCCUGCCAACAUGGACCUGGCCAACUCAGAUGCUCUCAAGCUGGCCAAGGAUGUGGACAUUCAGGGCCAGCGCACCAUUGGAGUGAUCACCAAGCUGGACCUGAUGGAUGAGGGCACGGAUGCCCGGGCCAUUCUGGAGAACAGGUUACUACCUCUACGGAGAGGCUACAUAGGGGUAGUGAACCGCAGUCAGAAGGACAUUGAUGGGAAGAAGGACAUCGAGGUGGCACUGGCUGCUGAGAGAAGGUUCUUCCUGUCUCACCCAGCGUAUAAACACCUAGCCCACGUCAUGGGUACUCCCUACCUGCAGCAAGUACUCAACCAGCAACUGACAAAUCAUAUCCGGGAGACACUUCCGGCAUUCCGCAGUAAGCUGCAGGGCCAGCUGCUGACACUAGACAAGGAGGCAGAGGAAUACCGGCAGUACCGACCGGAUGACCCCUCGCGCAAAACCAAAGCAAUGCUACAUACCCCAUGUGUGUGCUGUGCUGCAGACUCGUCCAGCACUUCGGGCAGGACUUUGAGAAGAAGAUCGAAGGCUCCGGUGAUCAGGUGGACACUGUGGAGCUCUCGGGAGGAGCCAAAAUCAAUCGCAUCUUUCAUGAGAGAUUUCCCUUCGACCUGGUUGAGAUGGAGCUGGAUGAGAAGGAGCUGCGACGAGAAAUCUCCUAUGCCAUUAAGAACACCCAUGGCGUCAGGCCUGUUCACUCCAGACUUGGCGUUCGAGGCCAUAGUGAAGAAGCAGAUUGUUAAACUCAGAGGCCCUUGCAUCAAGUGUGUGGACAUGGUGGUGGAGGAGCUCAUUAGGACGGUGCACCAGUGCACCUUAAAGUUGGCGAGCUUUCCUAAACUGCGGGAGGAGACAGAAAGGAUCGUUUCCACCCGCAUACGGGACCAGGAGAGUCGAUCCAAGGAUCAGGUUUUGCUGCACAUUGACAUCCAGCUCUCCUACAUAAACACAAACCAUGAAGACUUCAUCGGGUUUACCAAUGUUCAACAGAGAACCAGUCAGCCAAGUGUGAAGCCUGCUGCAGGAAAUCAGGGUGCAGCUUUCUUACGUCGUUUACGUCAAAUUGUUAUCCGUAAAGGCUGGCUGACCAUCAGCAACAUCAGUAUCAUAAAGGGCGGUUCCAAGGCGUACUGGUUCGUACUGUCCACGGAAAGCCUCUCCUGGUUUAAGGAUGACGAGGAGACAGAGAAGAAGUACAUGCUGCCUCUAGAUAGCCUAAAGGUGCGAGACGUCGAGAAGACCUUCAUGUCCGCCAAACACACAUUUGCUCUCUUCAGCACAGAACAGAGGAACGUGUAUAAGGACUACAGGCAUCUGGAGCUGGCCUGCGAGUCGCAGGAGGAGGUGGGCAGCUGGAAGGCCUCUUUGCUGCGCGCUGGAGUCUACCCAGAAAAGGCUGGAGAGGACGGUGAGGGCUCCUCCAUGGAUAGCGUCUCCAUGGAUCCCCAGCUGGAGAGGCAGGUGGAGUCCAUCCGCAACCUCGUGGACUCGUACAUGAGCAUCGUCCACAAAUGCACCCGGGAUCUCAUGCCUAAGACCAUCAUGCACCUCGUCAUUAACAAUGUGAAGGAGUUCAUCCACUCGGAGCUGCUGGCCCAGUUGUACACCAUCGGUGACCAGUCGGUGCUGAUGGAUGAGUCCCCGGAGCAGGCUCGGCGCCGGGAGGAGGUGCUGCGCACGCACGCCGCCCUCAGGGAGGCGCUGGACAUCAUCUCCGACAUCUCCACCUCCACCGCGUCCGUCCCUCUGCCGCCGCCAAUCAACACCGCCUGGUCUCAGACGAAUCUGGGCCCCUCACGCAGGGCUCCUCCUCCUGUGCUGCUAGGCAAGAUGUCUCCGUCUGGUCCCGGCGGCCCAUCCCGAGGCCCCGCCCCUCCGGCCCCUGGCCCUUCGCCUCAGGUUUCCAAUAGCAACAGCAAGAGCGAUGCGCUCUCUCAGCCGUCCAGUCGGCCCAGCCGAGCUGCCCCCAGCAUUCCCAGGGGCUGUUCUCAAGGGCCAAUGAUGUCUAUGUGACUGGUUUUUAGGAGACAACCACCGGCUAUUCCCUCACGGAAUCCUCACUGAAAACGAUUGGAACCAUCCUGGCAACCAACCACAAAUGCAAGAGGCCAUGUGCAUCAACUGGGAGUGCAGCCUGGGCUAUCAUUUUUGGUGAUGGAUGAGGACGAUGCCACAAGCACGAGCACAAGUAUUUAUUUCCUCCUCCAGGCUGGAUGUGGAAUCUCAGAGCCAUGUCAAGGAGAGAGAGAACGGCGUGUGUAUCUGUCAUUGGUCAAACUGGCGUUAUGGUGCUGUCCUGCCAAUCAUUUUUAUGCUGUACAUUCAUAUGGACUGUGCUGUUGUGUCUGUUUUGUACUUCAGAAUUGUGUGUGUGUGUGUGUGUGUGUGUGUGUAUAUGUGUGUAUGUCUGUGUGUGUCUGUGCGUGUGAUUGGCAUAUGUAAAUGAUUGAGACAACAGAGACAUUGUUUCUUAUGUAAAUACUGAGUAGUUACAACAACCAAAAUAAAAGAAUAAUUGGUUUAUGUUUUUUAUAUAAAACCAAUCCUGCUUGCAUUGACAAUAGCAAAUGUUCUUGAACUUAAAAUGCUAUUUAAAAUGUACUUUACAAAACCAGUCAUCACUCAGUUUGAAUUAUUACCACAUGGGGGCGCAUGUCGCCACAAGUACAAUUUACAAAAUGUGAUGUUGCAGUCAAUGUGUAUUUAAUUUCAACAUGCCGAUAAUAGGGAAAAAAACGUUAGAGUGUGCUGGUGUGGUUUCCAUAUUUUAAAACGGUAGUUGUGAUAAUGUUUUUUGGGAAAUUGAUGUAGUUUUAAAUAACUGACCAUUUUAUCAGUGGAACAGCAGCCUGCAUUUUAUAAUGUUGCCUAGCCUACUGUAGUAGCCUAUGACUGCUUCCAUAGCGUUCUAUUAUUACCAGUUAUUUGUGACGAAAUAUCACAAAAUGUAUAAAAGGAGGAGUUGGUGCCAAAGAUUCUAGAGCAUCUUUGGUUGGUGCUGCACCCGGGCACGGGUGAGGUGUUGCUGGGAAGUGUCCCCUGUCCCGGUUGAACAUCGUUUCGAGCCGCGGACUUUUAACAUCAUGGAGAGGGGCGGCCAUUCGCAUAAAAGGCCCAAGCAUCAUUCUAUCCUGGCCAGGCCCUCCAGAGAACAUGUGAAGAUGUCUACAGUGAAUAUUUGUUGUCCUGAACUCCAAAGUAAACUCUUCCAACCGAGAGGCAUUGCAAAUGUCAGCUACAACUCCAUGAUAAGACAGAAGACUUGGCCCAGUGCUCCUCAUCUGAUUCGUGUAGUCCAACCCAAAAACACAGAGACAACCAUUCUGCCUACCAUGUCUGUGAUCUCGCAGAACAAUUCUACUGUGAAGCAGACCAUGGGUCACCCUGCGGCUGUGUACUACGGGAAGCUGCGUCGGGGCAGGCUGAGGCCCCUGUGCCUUGCUGUUGUCUCUGGCCCCACUACAGAGCAGUGUCGGGGUAUAAGGCCACACUUCCACCAAAAACACCCAAAAGCUCCCACCCAGAGGAUCCCUCAUAAAAGCAUUUAGGGCAUUUCCCCCUUUCAUCCACAAGAUGGCAGCAUGGAGCAACAUUUCAUAUGUUGAUCAGAACAGGAGGAAAGACACACAAAAUACCCCAAUAAACUGCAUUUAUCCCUA